AUGGUAGCCAGUGAUGGUAGUCAGUCAUUGCAGUCGGGGAUGGUAGCCAGUGAUGGUAGUCAGUCAUUGCAGUCGACCAUGGUAGCCAGUGAUGGUAGUCAGUCAAUGCAGUCGGCGAUGGUAGCCAGUGAUGGUAGUCAGUCAUUGCAGUCGGCGAUGGUAGCCAGUGAUGGUAGUCAGUCAUUGCAGUCGGGGAUGGUAGUCAGUGAUGACAGGAGUUCAAGCACCGCGAUAAAACGAGAUGACACAGACAGGAGUUCAAGCACCACGAUAAUACGAGAUGACGCAGACAGGGGUUCAAGCGACACGAUAAUACGAGAUGAAACAGACAGCAGUUCAAACGACACGCUAAUACGAGAUGACACAGACAGGGGUUCAAGCACCACGAUAAUACGAGAUGACACAGACAGGGGUUCAAGCACCACGAUAGUACGAGAUGACACAGACAGGAGUUCAAGCACCAUGAUAAUACGAGAUGACACAGACAGGCGUUCAAGCGACACGAUAAUGCGAUAUGACACAGACAGGAGUUCAAGCACCACGAUAAUACGAGAUGACACAGACAGGGGUUCAAGCGACACGAUAAUACGAGAUGACACAGACAGCAGUUCAAACGACACGCUAAUACGAGAUGACACAGACAGGGGUUCAAGCGACACGAUAAUACGAGAUGACACCGACAGGAGUUCAAACGACACGCUAAUACGAGAUGACACAGACAGGAGUUCAAGCACCACGAAAAUACGAAAUGAUACAGACAGGGGUUCAAGCGACACGCUAAUACGAGAUGAUACAGACAGGGGUUCAAGUGACACGAUAAAACGAGAUGACACAAACAGGAGUUCAAACGACACUCUUAUACGAGAUGACAGACAGGAUUUCAAGCACCACGAUCAUACGAGAUGA